UGACUUACCUGGCCGCGGGGAAGCCUCGCUGGGCGUGAGAAUGAAUGAUCGAGUAAAUUAUAUUAAAGUCCGCCUGCGGCAUGGACUUAAGACGAGUGCCGACGCCUCAUUGUCGGUCUUAGUUUUUAAAGAUGCACAUCGCCAACAUUUCGAUAUUAUGGUAAUCGCAGUAGCGCAAUAAACUGAGCGUAUACUUCCCGUAAACAAGAGUACGGCUUCUACUUUGGAGAUACGCCAAUAUAAACCCGUCCCGUUUGACGGCUGGUGGGAACAAAUAUUUACAUACUGACGUACUCAAUGUAACACGUAGCAGAGGCUUUCAGACGACUUGUAAAACUAAAGGUCUGGAACUACAGUUUUACAUUAAGUAGCAAUGCAAGGUGCCCCAUAAUGAGAAGGACCCAGAUGUCUUACCAUUAUGGUGCAAUUUGAACGAAUAAGAGGUUUGAUUCCGGGAAGACUGUGACUGCGCUUGUGUGGUCAUGGAGCCACCACUCUGUAGCAGUGUGAUGUGCAGCAGAUCGAGCACGGAGGACGGGCCGGUCCCACUGAAGCCUCCACUUACUGGCCGGGACAGUGGACAUGUCCAGGACCUCUUCCAUGAAGAUGCUCAGGGAUCUCAGAGCCAAACCCAACCCUGGUGGAAAGUGAAGCUCUUUGUCUGGGAGCCCGUGCUCUUCGGAACCUGGGAUGGGGUCUUCACCACCUGCAUGAUCAACAUUUUCGGCGUGGUCCUGUUUCUCCGCACCGGUUGGCUGGUGGGAAACACAGGAGUGUGUCUGGGCAUGGUCCUGGUGUCGCUGGUGGCACUGGUGGCCCUGGUGACAGUCAUGUCGGGCAUCGGGGUGUGCGAGCGGUGCAGCGUGGGGGAAGGAGGGGUGUACUCCAUGAUCUCCACUGUCCUGGGGGGCCGAAUUGGGGGCACGGUGGGGCUCCUCUACAUCUUUGGCCAGUGUGUGGCAGGAGCUAUGUACAUCACAGGCUUCUCUGAGUCCAUCGCCCAGAUCCUGGGCCUCACCAGCACGUGGGUGGUCCGCGGGAUGUCCGUGGUGGUGCUGCUCGGCCUGCUGGGAAUCAACCUGGCCGGCGUCAAGUGGAUUGUCCGGCUCCAGCUGCUGCUGCUGGCCAUCCUGGCCGUUUCCACCCUGGACUUUGUCAUUGGAUCCUUCUCUCACCUCGACCCAGGUCACGGUUUCGUCGGCUACUCAGAGGCUCUGCUCCGGGGGAACGCGCUUCCCGACUACACGCCUGGGGAGACUUUCUUCACAGUCUUUGGUGUCUUCUUUCCUGCCGCCACCGGUGUGAUGGCCGGUUUCAAUAUGAGCUCGGACCUCCAGAGACCUGAGCAGAACAUCCCACUGGGAACACUGGCUGCAGUCUGCACCUCGUGGUUCUUCUACCUCGUCUUUGUGUUUCUUCUGGGAGCCAUUUGUACCAGAGAUGCUCUGCGAUAUGAUUUCUUAAUCGCCGAGAAGGUCUCAUUGGUUGGCUUCCUGUUUCUCCUGGGCCUCUACAUCUCCUCACUGGCUUCCUGCAUGGGUGGCCUGUAUGGGGCUCCCAGGAUUCUCCAGUGCAUCGCCCAAGAAAGAGUCAUCCCUUCCCUCAGCUUCCUAGGAAAAGGGAAAGGACCCAACAAGACUCCAGUGGCGGCCAUUUGUUUAACCAGUCUGCUCACCAUGGCUUUCAUCUUCGUUGGCCAAGUGAACAUUUUGGCCCCUAUUGUCACUAUCAACUUCAUGCUGACGUACAGCAUCAUCGACUACUCCUAUUUCUGUGUCGCCAUGAGCUUUGACCUCCAGGCUAAGGAAAUUAAGUACCUUCCCAAGCAGCUGUCCACUCAGGGUGCCAGAAGACCCCUCCUGGGUGCCAGCCCCUCUGGAUAUGGAACUGCCUUACCAAACCAGAGCAAUGGGACGCUGCUGGAGUUCACAAAGGACAUGGACCAGAUAUUCCAACCCCAGAAAUCGGAAGUGGAGAAAAUGUGCACCACAGGCAGAAGGCCCAGCACUCCUGGUAGACAAGCCCUGAUGGAAAGUUUUGGGUUAGAAUUGGGUAGGAACAUGCCCUCAGAUAUGGGUGACCUUGGACCCUCAGGGAUGGAUCAUAGCCAGGAGUUAGGAGAGCAGGAUAAGUUUGAGGAGAGCUUACAGAAGGAAGCGACUGGCACACAAGAAUCCCAGCUGGGAGUAGAGGAACCCCAUGAUGAUAGACAGGCCGAAACUUGUCCUUCUGGAACUGCAGAUAUCAGCUGUAACCCAAAAGCUCUUCUGGACAGCACAGAUUCAGCUUCUAAACAAAUUUGUCUUGGACCAGAAAUUCAACGAAUGCCAAAGUCAUUUUACUCAAAAUUUUGUAACCGCUGGAUUGCAUUAGCUGGUGCAUGCUGCUCUUUCCUGAUCAUGUUUGUCAUACAGUGGGUCUACGCCCUGAUGAAUAUCCUCGUUGCUCUUGUCCUCUUCUUUUAUAUUGGAAAAUCAAGUCCUGGUCUCCCGUUAGGAACAUCUGCACGGUUCAGCUUGGUCAGAUGGAUUCGGGCUACUCUGAAGAACGUCGGCAGGGGAGAGUGCGCCCCCGAGGACCGCAUCGUAUUGACGCCCUCCUUCGCAAUGGUUGGCAUGGAGACCCGGCAGCUGACCGAGGACAACGCCGACUUCGCGACGCGCGGCAGAUACCACCACUCCUCCUACGUUAGUGCGGACGGGCUCACGCGCCAUCUGCAGUGAGCCCCUCACGGAUCGUCUGCUAUUCUGUCUGUGCGGGAUGCUCUGAUUUUGACUUUAAAUUGUGCACAUAUAUACCGGCUGUUUGGGAUCUGAAUUAUGAAUCAAAUACUGAUUUGUGUACAAAAAAUAAAGAGUGAACUAGAAUUUAAGGGUAUAUAAGCCAUCACCAAUUAUGGAUUUAUAACACCCGCCUCUAAUAAAUCUUUCUUUGCCCCCUUGCUGACCUGUUUAUUGGACAAGAACAUGUAACUAAAAUGAAAUACCCUACUUUGCGAUUUCCAUACAGCUUAACCCUUGUGUC